AUGUUCAGGGGCCCCAAGCCCCCCAUUGCCCCUAAGCCCAGGCUGGCUGCCCCCAGCGAGUGGAGGGCCAGCGUGUGUGUGAACAACAGCCUGAACAAAUGCAGCAACGGGAGGCUGCCCUGCGCAGACAGGGGCCUUGACGAAGGGCACCGCUCUAACCCGGAGUGCUCGGAGUCAGAGACGGACGAGGAGUACAUCGUGGUCCCCCAGGCUCUGCAGACAGAGGACGAGCCCGAGCACAGGGGCUGUGCAGAGAGUGCUGCCAUGGUGCCUCUGGAUGCCUCUGGGGAGGAGGAAGAGGACCGUGAGGACGGAGGUGAGGCAUGCAGCAUGGAGGGGACGGGAGCCGGCGAGGACUCGGCAGCCCCGGCUUCCCCGGCGGAAGGAGGGCCGAGCAGGGAGGCUGAGAAAGGCGCAGGCCACGCUCCCGAAAACGGGGAGGGGGGCGGCGACAACGACCCAGAGGCAGGGGAGCAGGCAUCCACAGGUGCAGAGGGAGAGAAGCUGGUGAAGGACCACGACGUGUACAGCCCGGAGGACGGGGAGCCUUGGGAUGGAGAGGAGGUCUUCCAGAGCGGGGUCAUCCUAACGCCCAUCGGCUUAGAGGACCCAGCAGUCCCCAGAGAGGACCCCGGGCUCCCCGACGCCCCCUGCGAGGCAGAGGAGGGUGGCGAGGAAGUCUGUGCCAGUGCAGAACCCGGGGGAGCAGAUGGGGGUGUGGAUCCUGACAGGCUUGUCGAGGGCACGCGACACGAGACUGAGGAGCCCCCAGUGGAUGAAGACCCCGUGGGGGACCAGGAGACAGAGGCGGCCGUCGACAACCCCGAGAUCUCCGAGCAGGGGUGUGCAGGCAGCAUGGGGGCCAGGGACCAGGUUGGCCAGGGCAAGCCACCUGGCCUCAGUGAACAAACCCACCAAGCAGAAGUGGCCACAGCCACCCAGGAGGCGGAAGAAGGCCCCCGAGAAGACGAGGGCCCCAUGCAGGAUGACACUGCCGAGGAGAGCUGCCACAUCAUUCCUUUUGAGAACGACUGCGUCGACGGCUUCGUGACGUCACUCGCGGGAAGCCCCUACGAGUUCUUCCCGACCGAGAGCACCUCCUUCUGUAGUGAAAGCUGCCCUCCUUGCUCAGAGUCAGCCGCGUGCUCCGAGCAGGAACCCAGGUCAGGAGCAGGUGUGGAGGAGGACCCUGGGGCCAGAGGGUUGUGCGGCCCGCAGGACUCCCUGCGGGAUGGAGCUGCCGAGGGUCCGUCCAUCCCUGACGUGGUGGUCCUGCCGGAGGAGGAGGAGGCUGCGGACGACGCACUCACCAACCCCUACGUGAUGGGAGUCGGCCCAGCAUGCUGGGCUGGCCCCGGGGAAGAAGGGCCGCCCGAGACCCAGGCAGCGGCAGAUGCACUGAGCGGUGACGGCACGAAGGAAGAAGCGAGCUCCGAGGCCGAGGGCAGCCCGGUCCCCGUUGACAGGAGGAGCGUCAUCGCCAGGGCCCGGCCACACUCUGGGAAGGUGGCUGGCUAUGUCCCAGAAACUGUCCCCGAAGAAGCCGGACCAGAGGCAGGCCUGUCAGCCCUGGGCAUUGGAGGUGCCGCCGAGGAGGCGAGAAAGACGGUUUUGUCGCUGGAGGGGAGGCCCCUGGACGCCGGCAGGGCCUUGCCAGCCAAGCCCAGAGCCUUCACUUUAUACCCGCGGUCGUUCUCCAUGGAGAGCCGAGAGAUCCCAGUCUCUGCGUACCGGGAGUCAGAGGGGCCCGGGCCGGACGACCACAGGAUAAAGAGGAAGGAGGACGAGCUCUCCCUGGCCUGCGUGAUUGGCUCCUCCGGGAGCUUCUCCCAGAGAAACCACCUUCCGUCCAGUGGCACCUCGACGCCGUCCUCCGUGGUCGACAUCCCUCCGCCUUUUGACCUGGCCUGCAUCACCAAGAAGCCCAUCACCAAGAGCUCUCCCUCGCUCCUGGUGGACAGCGACUCCCCGGACAAGCACACCAAGAAGAAGAAGUCGUCCUUCAAGCGCUUCCUGGCACUGACAUUCAAGAAGAAGACCGAGAGCAAAGUGCAUGUGGACGUGAACGUGUCUUCCUCCAGGUCCUCUUCGGAGUCCAGCUACCACGGGCCUUCCCGGUUCCUGGACCUGGACCGCAGAAGCCUCAGCAACUCCCCUCAGCUGAAGUCUCGGACCGGGAAGCUCCGGGCGUCUGACUCCCCCUCCUCCCUCAUCUUCUACAGAGAUGGCAAGAGGAAAGGCGUCCCCUUCAGCAGGACGGUGUCCAGGGUGGAGUCCUUCGAGGACCGCUCCCGGCCACCCUUUCUGCCCUUGCCGCUGACCAAGCCGCGGUCCAUCUCGUUCCCCAAUGCCGACACUUCGGACUACGAGAACAUCCCGGCCGUGAACUCGGACUAUGAAAAUAUCCAGAUCCCGCCCCGGAGGCCCGCCAGGGCGGGCACGUUCACAAAGCUGUUUGAGGAUCAGAGCAGGGCCCUGUCCACGGCAAAUGAAAACGAUGGCUACGUGGACAUGAGCAGCUUCAACGCCUUCGAGAGCAAGCAGCAGGGCGCAGACCAGGAUGCGGAAAGGUACCGUCAAGACGUGCCACGUCCUCUGGUGUUCUUCAUCCAAUGGCUGGCCAGCAUCUUCCUUGUAGGAGACAGGGUAGCACAGCCAUCCCAAGACGCUUGCUUACUGGUCCAGGACCUCAAGGAAGCGUGGAAGGAUGCCCUCCUUUCUUUUCUGGUGUUUGUCCAGGUGGUCACAGAGCUGUGUCUUAUAGGGAUGCAGCUUGAUGACAUGAACAGGAGUCUGUGGUUUGUCCACAUUACACAGUGUGUGUAUGAGAACGGGGUGCGAGCGAGGGUCACAUCAUCUGCGGGCAUGGAGGAGAUUGAGUUGACAGGUCGUGUAGAGGUGUGGCGGUCCCUGUGCUCAGUCACUUUCAGACUGGCUGAGGAGAAAGAUAGGCAGAGUGGUCGUGAGAGCUCGGCUGGUCGUGAUCUAGACUGCAGCGGGGAGCCUUCACUACCUGCAGGCCGUGGGAGGCGAAUCUUGAUAGGGGAGCAGGGGUUCAGGAUGAGGACAGACCAGGAGGAGAAAAUGCCUGUGCAGGGCUCUGGAGGAACCAUCCUUCAGCUUCUCUCCCCUCCCCUCGAUGUCCCACAGAACCAGCCAUGUGGAACUCCAUCUCGUUCCUUCACCCGUCCCGAGCACCCUGGCUUUGUGCGCCUGCCCAUCCCCUGCCUCGUACCCAGAUGCCCCUUCACCUUUUCUGCACGUUCAAGUCCUCCCCAAGGGCACUCCCCCUCUCCUCGAAGCCUUGGCUUUGUCCUGUGGCGGCUUGACACUGAGUCAGCCCCCUGCGAACAGCCGUCCGCCCCAGGCUCUGCAGCAGGCGGUGCGUUCAGUGUGCCAGCUGCAUGCCAGGCAGCCCUGACUGGGGAUCUGCUGGACACCCCUGCCCUCCAUUCUUGUUGA